AUGCUGGAAAUCGUGAAAAAACUGAAAAUUUCACCAAAACCCGGGAUUUUCAAUGGAAAAUGUGAGUUUUUCUGUUUUUCCAAGGUUUUCCAAUGAAAAAUCGAUAUUUUCAGAUUGGAAAUGGCUGAAAAUCAAGAAGAAGUGGAUUUUGGAUGCUGGAAAUCGUGAAAAAUCAGGAUUUUCAAUGAAAAAAUGUGAGUUUUUCAGUUUUUCGAGGGUUUUUCAACCAAAAAUCGAUAUUUUCAGGUUGGAAAUGGCUGAAAAUCAAGGAAAAUUGGAUUUUUGAUGCUGGAAAUCGUGAAAAAACUGAAAAUUUCACCAAAACCCGGGAUUUUCAAUGGAAAAUGUGAGUUUUUCUGUUUUUCCAAGGUUUUCCAAUGAAAAAUCGAUAUUUUCAGGUUGGAAAUGGCUGAAAAUGGUUGA